AUGAUUCUGUCUACGAAGCCUCAAAUUAUAACUAUGAAUGAACGAAAAAUUCAUGUUUGUCGAAAACCAGGAAUUAUCGCAUUAUCUUUGCUCAAUUUGACAGUAAUUAUUUUCAUUGAAAUAUGUUGGCCUAUCACAAAAAGUAUACUUCACCGGAUUAUCUUAUUCUUGGGAGGGAUCAUGUUCGGUUUGGAUGCACUUGGAGAAUAUCAAGAUUUGCUAUUAGAUACGGACAAGGAUACCGCUAUUAUUAAAAAAUACACCUGGAUAGACAAGUUAUGUUUGAGAUCAGGCCAGAACAUGUGUACUAUGAUGAAACUUAGUGACAUCAGAUACGUCGGAGUUUCUAUCGAGAUGGGUUUGUUUAUACUUUGCAAAAAUGGAAGAACAAUUUCUUUAAGUAUGCAAGGUUUCACUAGAGAACAACUGCAAGAACUUAGAAAAGAAAUACAUUUCUUUUUACAUGCAAAUCAAAUUAAACUGUCUGAUUCAACUGGUACAAUUACUCCAAAGUAAUCGUA